GGUAAGCAUAUCUUGCCUACCCUGCCACGUAUAUAAUUCUUUUUCUGUCUAUAGAGAACUCACUCUUUCUUUGCUGAACCAUGGCUGUCGUCUCGCUUCUUCUGCUGACUGCCCUCCUGCCGUACCUGGGCAGAUCUGCUUAUGUCGACAUGGGCAUAGUGAAUGGCACAGAGACUAAACCACACUCCAGACCCUACAUGGUUUCCGUUCAAAGAAGCGGAAGGCACAUCUGCGGCGGCUUCCUCGUGUCUGAACACUUUGUGAUGACGGCUGCGCACUGCUGGAAUCAGGGGGAAAAGCUGACGGUUGUGUUGGGCAUGCAUGAGCUGCCAAAGAGCACCUCCACUAAGGGUCGAAUGGAAGUGAAGUUCUAUCACAUCCAUCCGAUGUAUGACUCCAAUACUCUGUUCAAUGACAUCAUGCUGCUACAGCUGAACGGAACAGCCAAAAAGAGCAAACAGAUCAACUGGAUUUCCAUACCAAACAAAGACAAGGACAUCAAGGCCAAAUCGGUCUGCAGUGUUGCAGGCUGGGGGAAACAAAAAUCCAGUGGAACCCGCAGUGCACGUCUUAUGGAGGUUGACGUCAGCAUCAUAGACAAAAAAGCAUGUCAGAAAUACUGGGACAGGGCCUACUCAGUGUCGAGGAUGGUGUGUGCAGGAGGUCAUGGAGGAUUCUGUCAGGGCGACUCUGGAGGGCCUUUGGUGUGUAAGGGAACUGCAGUCGGCAUCGUUUCAUUCACAGACGAUGGAGACUGCAGCUAUCCUAAGAGGCCCAACGUCUACACCAAGAUCUCCAAAUUUCUGCCCUGGAUUAAGGGUAUUAUGGGAACUAACUUCAACUCCUCCAGACGUAUAGUCAGCCAAAGCUUCUCGACAGGAUCUGAGUUAGGAUCAACGUCGCGAGCGGGAGUAAAAGCAGUAGAAGUAGACCGUAAAGCAGUACGAGCCAUACCGCCAGGAUCUAUGCCAGAAGCAGAUGGAGAUGUUGGAGAAGUCGUUCUCACUUCCACCAACACAUCCUCCUCUCCAGAGAGACUUACUGACAAGAUGAACACACUUCACCAGGUGCUGCUUGCUGCACUUUUCUGCGCGUUAGCAUUUGAUGCCACCUAUGAAGAGGAAAUCAUUAAUGGCAGGAAAGCCAAAAAGAACUCCCUGCAGCACAUGGCAUCAGUGCAGGUCAACGGGAAGCACAAAUGUGGAGGAUUCCUCAUAGACGCCAGCUACGUACUCACUGCUGCCCAUUGCGAUGACCGGGACAACAUGAGCGUGGUCCUCGGGGCUCAAGACAUCUCCAGAAACAAUCUGAUUCGAUAUGAAGUGAAGAGUAAGCACAAGCAUCCAUCAUACAAAGAUCCCAAGACGGGAAAUGACAUCAUGCUUCUGAAGCUUUCCAGCUCAGUUAAACAGAGUAAAUCUGUGAAGAUUGUGAAGAUCCCAAACAAGGACAAACCACUGAAGCCAAAAACCAAGUGCCAGGUCGCAGGGUGGGGAAAAACUGAAAAACAAAACUCAGUGAACGACCUGCUGGUGACCGAUGUGUCAACUGUAAGUUUUGAUGACUGCCAGAAGGAGUGGGCUAUUGUGAAGAUCAAACUCCCACCCAAUGUGCUGUGUGCAGGUGGCUAUGGAACCAAAAGUGGUGCAUGCCAGGGUGAUUCUGGUGGGCCUUUGGUGUGCGGUGGGACAGCAGUGGGCAUCGUCUCCUUCAAUUUGAAUGGAAAUUGUGACUAUCCAAAUGUGCCCAAUGUCUACACUAAGAUUUCAAAGUUCACAACCUGGAUUAAGAAAAUAAUCACGAAAGGCACUUAAGGGCUUGUUGCUGUUGUUUAUGCAUUGCUUAACCUGAUUGCAUGUAAAUGCUGUUCACACUUUUUUAAUGCUUAAAUAAAGGUAUCAAAUCAAUACAAGCUUAACUGUGUUUUCUUAAAGGUAACAGAUGUGUUAACAAAAUUAGCUAAGACUGUCACUACCUAAACAUUUGGUAUUGGUUUGGUAGUGUUAUGACUGUUUUGAUAGUGACAAA